ACACAUUUGAGUAGACGCUCUGUAUUUAAUAGUUACUUCAGCCGAAUAUCAUCCCUCGAGUUGUGUAACCCUACUUACUCAAGACUCGAAGCUUUCAGUGGCUUAGUCAAUGCAGGGAUGUAAGACUUAGACAUUUUCAAGAUACCUUAGCUUGGUCCGCCACCAAUCAUGACGUUAAUAUAUUUUGGAUUUCAGUUCAUCCAUUCUAUCUACAAUCUUUCCUAUAUCUGAACGCGCGUCUGAUCCAUGAUCAUCCAAUGCGAAAACCCCUUAUGAGAAUACCCUACACGGGUCCAUUACCCCCUCCCUCUAUCCUACCACGAAGCGCAAACUCAUUACCAGGGGCCAUUCACGCUUUGUCGAAAUUCCUCACUGCCCCGCCUUCACCUAACCUUCCAGAUGGAAUUGCAGAUCCACAGUCGACAGUAAUAUUGUCAGGAGCUGGUAUUUCUGUGGCUUCUGGAUUGGCGGAUUAGUGAGUACAUUGAGUUUCGUUUUUGAUAUCAAGGUCACUGUUCAUUCCCUGCAAAAGAAAAAUCAUCUGCCGAAGAAGGUUCUUGUUCAAUGGCAUGGGUAUAAAUGAUGUUGCAUCUUCCAUUGCCAAGCUUCAAUUGCGUGGCCAAUUGCUAAUCAUUCAUCCUCUGCAGUCGAGGCUCGAAGGGCACAUAUGUGCUGAACAAAUCAUAUCGACCUGUUUACUACCAUGAAUUUCUUGCCAGCGACCAGGCACGUCGAAGAUACUGGGCAAGGAGUUUCUUAGGGUGGACGAAUUUACACAAAGCCAAGCCCAAUUCAACUCAUUAUGCUAUUAAAGACCUUGCCGGUAUGAAUAUUGUGAAGCGGGUGGUUACUCAGAAUGUUGACUCAUUUCACUCGGAGGCACAUCCAAAUUUGGCAACUGUUGAACUUCAUGGAUAUCUUCGAGCUUUGACAUGUGUCACCUGCCGAAAAGACCUACCUCGAGAUGUUUUCCAAGAAUCUUUAGCAAGAUUGAAUCCAGCAUGGGCGGCAUUUUUGGCCGAGAUUAUCGAAUCUGGAGCUUUGACAACGGAAGAUCCAGAAGAUCGUCGAGCGAAAGGCAUGAAGGCAAAUCCUGACGGAGAUGUUGAUGUGCCCGGAGCACCAUAUGGUACCUUUAGAUAUCCAGCAUGCCCUCAUUGUCUUGAAAAUCCUCCAAUUCUAAAAGACGGAUCACAAUCGAUUGUAGAAGUUGACCAGGAUGGAGCUUGGAAAGCAACAAGUACAGCUGGUAUAUUAAAACCUGCUGUAGUCAUGUUUGGGGAGAGCAUAGAUGCGCAAGUAAAGGAAGCUGCUGAACAAGCGAUAGAUGAUUCUGGUAGGCUGCUGGUGUUGGGUACUUCUCUUGCUACGUAUUCUGCAUGGAGACUAGCACGGCGUGCUCAAGAGCGAGGCAUGCCUAUUGCAAUUCUGAAUCUAGGCGGUGUCAGGGGCGAGGAGGCAUUCUUCAAAGAUUUUCCUGGCGGCCAAACUGGAGAAUUGGGUGUAAGGGCCGAACUAGGAACUGACAUAGUCCUACCUGCACUUGUUGAUCAAUUAAACCGGAUUGGAUUCACGUCUAGAAGAGACGAUAUUCAAACUCCUUACGAAGCACGACAGAAAAACAGUGGUAUGUUCAAGGACAUGCUAUCGUAGAUAUACAUCAAUCUUGUAUAGUAGAUUUUUUUGUACAAAUAUUUU